GGCUAUGCAUCGUUGUGGUCUGCUAUAAAUACUGUAACACACGGUAGGGAACAGAUCCACCUGAAAGGGUUAGGUUUCGGGAGAAAAAGCAAUCCACUCAGAGAGCUAGAAGAAUUCAACAAUGCCUCGCUAUGAUGAUAAAUACGGCAAUACCCGCCUCUAUGUGGGACACUUGUCUUCGAGGACUCGUUCCCGUGAUCUGGAGCGUGCCUUUAGCAGAUAUGGAAGAGUUCGAGGUGUGGAUAUGAAGAAUGAUUUCGCUUUUGUUGAUUUUAGUGAUCCUCGAGAUGCUGAUGAUGCAAGAUAUAACCUGGAUGGUCGGGAUGUUGAUGGAAGUCGGAUUAUUGUGGAAUUUGCAAAAGGGGCUCCUCGUGGGUCCCGGGAAUAUUUGGGGCGAGGUCCUCCUCCUGGCUCUGGACGCUGCUUCAAUUGUGGCCUUGAUGGCCAUUGGGCACGGGAUUGCAAAGCUGGGGAUUGGAAGAAUAAGUGUUACCGCUGUGGGGAGAGAGGACAUAUAGAAAGGAACUGCAAGAACAGCCCCAAAAAAUUGAGCACCAGGCGAGGACGGAGUUAUUCACGCUCACCAGUCAGGUCACGUUCACCUCAUCGCGGCAGAAGCCGUGAUCGCAGUUACAGCCGAGAUCGCAGCUACAGUCGAUCACGAUCCCCUGUCAGAAGAGAAGAAAGCCCUGUUCGGGAAGAUAGGUCACAAAGCCCUGAUCACAAAAAUAGUCCUCAGCCCUCCAAGACAAGGAAGCAUAGUCCAUCACCUGACCGUAGCCCACAGAAAAGAGGUGACACAUCUCCCGACAAUGAUAGGUUGAGUAGAAGCCCUGCAAGGGACCCUGAAGAUAGGGGCUAUGACAGCCCUAAAGUUAAUGGUCGUAGUGGCAGCCCUAGCUGUAGCCCCAGGGAUGAUGACAGGAGCCCCAUUGACGAUGACAACAACCACCGCCACUCGCCAAGAGGCAGCGAGUCACCUUAAGUAUUUCUCAGAGAAAGAACUCUGUAUGUGGCCUAUAAUUUAUAUCUGCUUUGGUUAUCUGAUGCACUUUGCUGUGAAGAUCGGGGCAAUUUUUAGCUUAAAAGAGAAACUUUAUGAAUUGUUUAUGGUUAUGAAGAACGGUUUUAUGUAUGGGUAUUAUUCAGUUUAUCUUUUGUUGCGCAAUGUAUGGCUUACAAAGAAUAUAACCUGCCUCAAUUUGUGUUGAAACAUUGUGAAUUAUGAGAUUAAAGCCUGCCUGAAUUUGUGUUGAAUUAUGAGAAA